AUUACGUCAACUUCCGGAACACGUCAGUCGUGUUGUGUCAUAUCAUCCACCUAUUUUGUCUUGUUUUGAAAACAAAAUCCCCGCAAAAACGGUUAAUACAUCGGGGAGCAUUAUUUUUUCUUGCUUAUGAUAUACAUUGACGUGGCUUCCAUCGAUGUCAUAGCUUACAAGUCACUCAGUGAUUGAACUUUGACCUCAACUUAGAAACAUGGCGGGUCAGCCAACAGCAAUUUUGGAUUUGUUGUUCGACCAAUCUGAUGGAGUGUUAGCAAAGGAAACUAUCCCAGAUAUACACACGUUAGACUUUUCCUCGCUUGGGUUAAUGACAGGAGGUUUUGACGAUUUCUUUGAUGAUGACCUGCUGAAAGAAACAGACAACUCUCCAAGAAUCAGCACCAUCACAGACCAUGACUAUGUCAUGCAACCCACACAGUCACCAGCUAGCAGUGAUAGUGGAGUGUCCGUAGAGUCAGGGCACUCCCCCAGAGCAUCAUAUGGCAGUAUGACUGAGCUGUGUGGUGAUAUGAACAUGAUGUCAGGUUCUCCAGCAAGUGACCAGUCCCACUUUAGUCCACAGACAGUUUUAAAUCAGGGAGAAAUGAGCCCUGCUGCUCUUAGUGACCAGCUGUCUAACAGCCCAGACCAAGUGCACAUGGAUGCACUUGAUCUAGAAAACUUUGACUUUGCUGAUAUUGACAUGAACUUUGACACUAUUGAUCCAAGUGCGCUCAUGAAUGAAACUCCUGGAUUGAAGAAUACCUUUGAUGACAAUGUGUCCAUUGAUUUAGGUACUCACUCAGACCUGAUGACCUUUGACACUGCUACAAAUGUAUUUGUCAAACCAGAUGGCAGCCAAACCAAAACAAUCAAAAUCAUCAAGGUAUCUGCCAACACAGAUACACUUCCUUUUUCAAUGAAAGACUUGUCGACAGACACAAAGAGCUCUGGCCACUCAUUCCCAGAGUUGAAACUUACAGAGGAGGAGAAGGAUCUGUUGGCUAGAGAGGGAGUGAGCAUUCCAACUGACAUGCCACUCACCAAGGAGGAAGAGAGGUCACUCAAGUCCAUCCGCAGGAAAAUAAGGAAUAAGGUAUCUGCCAAAGAAAGUCGUAAGCGGAAGAUGGACUAUGUUGAUGGCUUGGAGAAGCGCGUAAAGAAAUGCACACAUGAAAACCAAUCUCUCCAGAAGAAAGUAGAAACACUGGAGAAGAAUAACAUGUCGCUGAUGAAUCAGCUGAAGAAAUUGCAGACAAUUAUCACACUGAAGUCAACGCGUACAGCUCAGGCCUCAACUUGUGUUAUGGUGCUGUUGCUGUCAUUUGCGUUUUUGGUUGUCCCCAACUUUAACCCAUUCCGUGACGCAGACUCCAUGGAGGAGAUGAAGUCCAUUCCUGUCCCAGGCAAGUCCCGUAACUUGCUUCACAAGUCAGCAGGCGAUGACUUUGGUGUAGGAGACACAAAUAACCCGUAUGGCAUCAAUGUCAAGCCUGGGGCUUUCUGGGAACAGCCCCAGACCCCAGUCAUGGAGUUUGGUAAAGAGAUUGUGGAUGACAUUGAGAUUGAUGGUGUUGAGCUCACUGGUGACACAGGGACUGAUCUAGAAACUGACAAACACAAAGAGAAAGUGGUUUUUGUACAGAUUGAGAAAUCUGUAGAGGAAUCCAAUGUUACUUACGUGUCAAACGAGGAGGAUUACAAAACCGACCAUAACUAUAACAGUCGAGGUGCCAUACCUCCCAUAGAUCAGGGAGGACAGAAGAGAAAACAGGACUUAUAAUGACGUUAAUACUUUACAUCUGCUCUAUUCAGGUUAAUAGUUGUUCCUUAGUUCAUGUAUGGGAUUAUAUCAGUUGAAAGUACAUGUGUAAUUAAAUUAUGUUUGAUGGUACAUAAGAAUAAAAUCCUCACCUGAGGAGAAUUUGAGGGUGUCAUGACGCAGCUGGACUGAAUACAGGUGACAUCUAGGUGGAAUGCAGUUCUAAGUGCAACUCUGAACAAAAUUUUAAAAUCGAUAUAUGUGACAAUUAAAUGUGCUGUCAAAUUAAAGUGUAAUAUGUAAGUUAUUUUAACACAUCAUGCCUUCGUACCUUACAAGGCUAUUUGAUGGUUGGAUUAGAAUGAUUCUCACCAAUUGACAUUAGAAAAUGUCAUUGUAUUAUGUGUAUUCUCACUGAUUAUUGCUAUGACCUUUGAUAAAUCAUGUUCUAAAGUUUUGAAUGUUAAUUUCAUGAAUGACCAUUACAUUUGUAUUCAGGUAAUAUUAUGUUGAGUGUAUAGUUGUGACAAAUGACAUAAUGUUCAAGAGUAUUUACUUCAGGGCUUACACAGUAGGCGAUAUUCAGGUUUUGUUUAUAAUGUCUAACCAUUGCAUGUCACUGUUUAGUGUUUAUUUGCUUUUUUAAUACCAAAAAUAUGCCAAAUGUUUAAUACUGACGUUUUAAUGUGUAAAACCAUCCCUCGUCAACGAAAAAUAAUUAAAAGAAUUAAACAUUACAUGUACCAUUAUAAAUUUAGAAAAGCUAUGUGCAUUUUGCUAGAUGAAAUGUGUAAAAAUGAUUUGAUAAAAUGAAUUGGAAAGUAAUGCAAAAAAUAUCUUUUAUUGUAAAUUAAUGUACCAGAACUAAGACCAAAGAUCAAAUAGCUCAUACCUAAUUGGCAAUGUGCAUAGAAUGUAAAUCUAUUAAUUCUAAGUAUAACAUUUUUUAAUUGAACUAAAAAAAAUGUAGUUAAGGGGUGGUUUUAAGACUUUUAAUAGUUUAAAACUGUUGAAAUCAAUUUGUCUGAAUUGAAAUGAUCAUUUGAGCUGAUUCAGGAGUAAAAUGAUAUUUAAAUGGUAUAUGGACUAUUUUAAUACUAAUCUGCUUGAUCUCUGAUUUAAAAAUGUUCACUGUAUAUUUCAUUUCACUUCCUUGUAUAAUCACUUAUAAUAAGUGACCUAGUAUAUCAAUUAUGUGUACUAAUGUUGGUUUAUUUUUAGCUUUUUUUGUUAUAAAUUCUCACUUCUGAGUGUGUAAAUAAAAUGAAUAAAUCCAACAGAAUUGUCA